CGCACUCUGAGAUGCAUUCAGUUUACUUUACGCUCCAAGUAUUGACAAUGUUUCUAGCCAAGUUCUUAUCAGUCUUGCUUAUCGCUUGUGCCCUGGCACAAGCUUUGCCACAGGAUGAUUUUAGCAGUGAAGAUGAUCGUAUUAAUGAAAUCAGCGCCGAACUCGGCCGUAAACUGAUCUUGCCCAACGUUGAUCGUCUUUUCAGCAGUGCCGAGGAUCGGGAGUCAACAAAACAACGCGAAUCCCCAUCGAAUAACAUCAAUAGAAAGGUGACAGAGACCACGAAGAGUUCGAAGCAUGCUCAUGGCAUGAUCACAUCGAUGCUCAGCUUCGUUAGCAGUGUACUUAAUUUUGGCAAGACAAUUAUACGUAAUGAAUAAUAAAGUUAUUUUAAGAAUGUACAAUUAAAUGUUGUUAAUUAUGUUAAUUAUAUGAUGUAUUUCUUGAUUUUUAGGAAGAUUUUGUGUUUUUCAGUUGUUAUUGCAUAUUUGUAAAUCAUUUAUUUUUAAUAAUUGCAAAAAUUAUCGAAAGUUAUUGAAGAGUUAUAUAAUGCUCAUUUCUGUAAGUUUUUUUUAAUAUUUUUUGAGAAAAAAGUUAAAUAGAUAAUAAGAUAAAUUGUUAACAAAUUUUGUGGCUUUCAGAAGAAGAACUUUGACGUUAAAAGGCUCAAGAUUGUCUCUCUUUUUGGUCUAUUAAUAAUUUUUAACGUCUAGAAGAUAUUGCUAUUAUUAAACAUUAAAAAUAAUUAUUCAUUUUAUAAUCAAUUCUAUUCUAAUUAUCGACAACUUAUGAAAUAUUGGAUAUUUAUGAU